AUGGAAAUUAAUGCACUUGCUGUUAAAUUACUUCACUGUGGUCUUGGACCUCAUGAACACAAUUGUGUUAUGGGCUGUAAAAAUGCUAAAGAAAUUUGGGAUUUACUUCAAGUAACAUAUGAAGGAACUAACGAGGUGAGACACUCUAAAAUUGAUCUGCUUAGGUCUAAACAUGAACGUUUUGAAAUGCAACCAAAAGAAACAAUCCAGGAAAUGUUAACCAGAUGGAGAGCCAAGGUGACUGCCUUACAAGAAACUAAGGACUUCACAAAGUUCAACAUUGAGCAACUUGCUGGUUCCCUCAUGACUCAUAAGUUGCACUUAGGAACAAGCAACAAUGAAGGAAACAAAGGAAAAGGCUUGGCUCUCAAAGCUAGUAAUCCAGAAGAUUUUGAAGUAGAUGAAGAAGAGGCUGCCAUGUUGGUGAUAAGGUUCAAGAUAAUGUUCAAUCGAAACAAUAAAACAAGAAAAGGGAAGGCUAAGGAACAAAACAAGAGCAACAAAACUCCUUUCAACAAGACAGACAUUAGGAAGGCUAUGAUAGCUGCUUGGGGAGAUUCUGAGAGUGAAGAUGAGGAGGAACAACCUGAAGAAGAAACAUCCAAUCUCUGUCUAAUGGCCAAACGUGAUGAAAAGGCUUACAAUGAAGAACUAGCUAAAGAUGUAUUUGUCGAUCCCAAUCACCUUAGAACUCUUCCUAAAGAAGUACGUAUUGAUUUUAUUUUAGAAAUGGAAGAUGACUGGAGAAUUGAUAUUAAAAAGCUUAAUGAGUGUGAAAAGGAUCUCAAAGUCUACAAGGAACACAACGCCUGGAUUGAGAACCAGCACACUGAUAUUCAAGGCAGAUUCUUUGAUCUUUUUGACAAGAAUCUUCAUCUAAAAGAAAUAAAUGAAAAACUCAAGUAUGAAAAUAUUAUUGUUAAUGUAGAACUGAGUCAAUAUAAGCUUGCUAGUGCUGACUUAAAUCGUCAAGUUCCUCUUCUGAAUCAUUGCCUAAAUGUUCUAGUGAGGGGGAACAACACGUGGUACCUCGACAGCGGUUGUUCAAAGCAUAUGACAGGAGACAAAUCAAAAUGCCUCUCACUUGAGGCCUAUUCUGGAGGAACUGUGACCUUUGGAGUCAACAAGAAAGAAUAA